GAGUGAUGGCAAUCCACGACAUAGACAUGCAUGGGGAGGAUCCGGGAAACUACUUUUCCGCUCUGACAGCUAAAUUCAUCGAGCCGCUGCAGGUUUUUGUGGUCGGUAAUACUGCAGGAUAUAUCCAGGUUUAUUCUUACGAAAAAGUGGAGAAGCUGCAGACUUUUAGAGCUCAUGCGGAUGUCAUCACCUCACUGGCGGUUCACCCCAGUGAGCCAUUAGUGCUCUCGGCAUCUUACGACAGGCUGAUCAAACUUUGGAACUGGGGGGCUGAAUGGCACUGCAUACGGACAUUCCAAGGACACUCGAGCUUUGUGCAUCAAGUCAAGAUCAACCCGCAGACUGCGGGAAAUACUUUUGCUAGUUGCUCACGUGACUCCACGAUAAAGAUCUGGAACAUGGAUUCUCCUACUCCUGUUGCCUCAUUCGAGUGCGAUCCACAAUUUGCUGGUGAUCUUGAUUAUUUCUGCCCGGGCGGGGCUUUGCAGUAUUUGGUUACACACACUACGUUUGAUGGGAGUGCACAGAUCUGGGAUUUGCAGACAAAGACAUGUAUUAAACUUAUCCAGGGACUUCAAAAUAUUUUCUGCAAUAUUGCUGUGGUUGAAGGACCCCUAGGUCGUUCGAUUCUGCUUACAGUGUCAGAUGACGACACUGUUGCUUUUUGUGACUCAACAACGCAUAGGUAUGAGAACAGGGUUAACUUUAAUUUGGGAGAUGUUCGGGACUUCGCAUACAUUACCAUGACAAAAAGCAUUGCCGUCCUAUGUCAAAGGGGAAUUGUAAUCAUGGAAAUCGAUUGAUCUUCCACAAAGAUCCAGUUUCUAGCGAAGGCGUGCCAGAUGUGGCUUUUGAUGUUUAGUCGGUACUGUACGCUGUAUGAUGACAAUCCUGGUUGGUCUUGGUGGAUCGUUUUGUAUCAGUCACCACGUAUAUUUUUGAAGCGCGCAUUGAACUGUUAGCGGAUACCAUCAUUCU